AUGAGCGCAGGUUUUGGGACUGGUGCGGGUGUUUGGAUCUUUUUCAUAGCCGCGAUUAGUGCAAUUGACUUUCAUUAUCACCCAGUUGCUAUGGCUGAAGAAGAAAAACCCCCAGUUUCCGAGUCCAUUGAGGACAACAAGGACGACAAGAAGAGAACCAUUGACAAGGUUGAUGAUUCUGUGGAAGAUGGAGCUGAAAAGAAGCCCGAAGCGGCCGUUAAGAACGACGGAGAAACCGCAGAAAAGCCCGAAAAGAAGCACAAGAAAAGAAGAAGAAGACAGUACGAAGAUGAGGUGCCCAAGGAAAAGUCUGAGGAUGAGGGAGAAGACGAGGAAGACGAAGACGAUGACGGUGACGAAAUAAACGACGAAUUGGCUGAUUUGGACGAUGAAGACGAUGACGAUUUGGCGGAAAUUGACCCUGCAAAUAUCAUUCCCAGUGGACGCAGAACCAGAGGAAAGGUGAUUGACUUUACCAAGGCUGCGGAAAAGUUAAAGGAGGAGGGUAAAAUAGAGGACGACGAGGGCGAGGACGGAGAGUAUGGAGAAAAGUAG